GUAGUGUAUAAAGAGUGUGUGAACUGAUCGGGUGCAGAAGUGUGAGUGUGAGAGAGAGCGCGUGUAUGAGAGAGAGAGAGAGAGAGAGAGAGUGUGUGUGUGUGUGUGUGUGUGUGUGUGUGUGUGUGUGUGUGUGUGUGUGUGAUGGAUCAGUGUUGGGUAUAAGUGUGUGAUUUGGGGCUGUUUAUUGCGUCUCAACCUGCGGAAGAAGCGGAAAAGUUCAGAGAACUGAAGAGAACCAAAAUCCCGACACAUGAUGGACGACGGUUACGUCCUCAGUAUCCCCGUCCCGAUGAUGCAGCGUGGAGGCUCCGACUCGAACCUUUAUUCCUCGAGCGACCUGCAGCAGAAGAUCCUGAAGGCAAAGGAGCAGCUGAGGGUGGAGCGCAUGGAGCAGGACGACAACGUGGCCGAGUUUCUCAAGCUGGUCAACAUGGCCGAUAAGCAGCAGGUGGCGAGAAUCCGGCAGGUGUUUGAGAAAAAGAACCAGAAAACGGUGCACAACAUUAACCAGUUACAGAAGAAGCUGGAUCAGUACUACAGACGCAUGAAGGAGAGCGAGAACAACAACAACAAUAACGGCUCCUCCAAGAACAGCAGCCCUAAAGACACAGCUAAAGAUCAGACCAAGGACGUUUCCAAGGAGACACCGAAGGAUGUGAGCGGCAGCGGGCGCCAUCACUGCCUGGACAGAUUAAAACCCAGCGCUCCCACAGUGCUACUCACACCGCCCUCCUUCUUCAACAAGCCCAGAGAGUUCGCUAAUCUCAUCCGCAACAAAUUCGGCAGCGCGGACAACAUCUCGCAGCUCAAGACCUCGCUAGACGAAGGUGGAGGCCGGAUGCUGAGCGGGAGCGCCACCAUAGUGGGCCAGUCGAAGUUCCAUAGCGACGACGACGAGUGCUCCUCGGGAACCUCGGCUUCGGCGGACAGUAAUGGAAAUCCUGCCAUCCACAAACACGACCAAAACUCCAUCAACAUGGUGCUGGAGGAACUUCAGGAGAUCCGUCAGUCCCAAAUCCGACUCGCUGAAGACAUGGAGGUUCUGAAAGUGGACCUGAGUGAAGACAACUUCCUCACACAGAGGCUCGAGGAUGAGAGAGAAAGGGUGGAGCGUCUGGAGGAGCAGCUCAACGAUUUGGUUGAACUUCACCAGCAUGAGAUGGCGAAUCUGAAGCAGGAGUUAGCCAGCAUCGAGGAGAAAGUGGCUUAUCAGGCUAACGAGAGAGCCAGAGACCUGCAGGAGGUGCUGGAGUCCUGUAACUCUCGGCUGUGUAAGUUGGAGCAGCAGGUGCAGGUGGUGCAGGUGGAGUCUGAAGGUGUGUUUGCCCGCACGCUCCUCGCUAAAAUCAUUAGUGUGCUGCUGGCUGUCAUCACGCUGCUGCUGGUGUGUGUUUCCACGGCGACACGCUGCAUCAUGACCGGCGUGCGGAGUCGUACACACCUGCUGGUGACGGUGUUCAGCGCGGUGCUGAUCGCUCUGGUCUGGAGGAGCUACGACAAACUGAACACUAACACAGAACUGCAUCACUGAACACUAAAGUCCUCACACAAACACCGGACUCAGAACCAAACACCUGGAUGGAGGACUGGACCUGAACCUGAACCUGGACCUGAACCUGGACCUGAACCUGAACCUGAACCUGGAACUGAACCUGGACCUGAACCUGAACCUGAACCUGGAACUGAACCUGAACCUGAACCUGGAACUGAACCUGAACCUGAACCUGGAACUGAACCUGGACCUGAACCUGGACCUGAACCUGAACCUGGAACUGAACCUGAACCUGGAACUGAACCUGAAACUGAAACUGAACCUGAACCUCAUCCGUUAAUCCUGAACCCAGACCCUGAACCCUCACACUGGUCUUUCACUCUUUAAGAGCAUUUUCACUCCUAUCGCUCAGUUUGUCAACUCUGAAUCAGACUGAAAUUGAUUCAUUUGAUUCAUUUGCUAUUUGAUUCAGUUUGGUUUCACAUUGCACACAUUAAUUAAACAAAAUAAAAAGCAAAGCAAAAAAAAGUUGGCAGAGGGGGCUCGGCUUAAAACAAGAAAAAAAAGAAUAAAAUUAGACUUUUUAUUGGUCAGGAAAAUCUAAACAGCCUUUACCAAAUGUGAGUACAAAUUUUACACAAAUCAGUUCUUUCUUUCUUUCUUUCUUUCUUUCUUCUCUUAAUCACACACACGUCACCUCUGCAGUGCUUCGGCUCAGUUUUGCCAGACAGGCAGCUCAACCCGAAACACACGACAUGUUCGAUUCACUUCUUGCAGUGAGUCGAUUCAGAGUCAGAUCACUUUCUCAUUAGACCACCUCGCUCAGACGCUCUCGGACCCGAGCGUGAUCACUCGAGUGUGUUCUCACCUGCAUAAAGAACCGCACUGAGGGAAAGAACACACCAGGGUUCGGUUCAAACACACUAAACACUGUGUAUGUGGAAGUACACUAACUCUCAUCACUAGUACUGGACCUGAACUUCAGGUUUGAACCUGAACACUGGGAAUGGAGUAACAUUUUUGCUCAAUGUUGAAAUCACAUUUUUUAUAAUAGUUUUUUUAGUCAUUGCGCAAACAGAACUUUUUUUUUUUUUUUUUUUAAAUUUCAUUUUGAAUUUUAAAUAGACAACAGGAUUCUUGUUAGUACACUGUGACUUGUGAAUCAGGGUGCCAAUAUUUUUGGUUUAGACAUAGCUUUAAUGAUUUUUGAUCUGUGCUGAUAAAGGCACAGAAACGACACACUUUUCUGCUCUUUCAGCUAAAACAGCAAUCAGAACAAACGUGAAUAAAGUUCUGUUGGUGUAAAAGCGGAUUAACCGAAGGGGAAAGGACACGGAAUGCUACUUUCGCUUUGCACCAACUUUAUCUUUGUGACCUUUGACCUGUGAAUUUGAGAACCUCAGACAUGUGAGCCAAUAGAAAACAAAAGAAUGAGGAUUUUUGCAUUCGUUUGUUGAUAAAGCGGUUGUUUGGUAAUUAAAGUGCAGGUAAACUGUGUGUAGCUGCUUCGCAUUUGCUGUGUGUGUGUGUGUGUGUGUGUGUGUGUGUGUGUGUGUGUGUGUACUGUAUAUGUCAUAAUUCUGUUUUUUUAUAAGCAUUGUGUUUUUUUUGUAUAUUAGUAUUUUUAGUCAUAUUGUUUGAUUUAUUUGUUGUUUUUCUUUCAUCAGUAAUAAAAGUUUAAAUAUUG